AUGUACAAUGUGCGUAUUUGUCUCUUUGUGAAGCUUAUAUCCUGGAGUGUUAGAGGUAUUGGCAAGCCUGAGAAGAGGGGUAGAAUUAAAAAGCUCCUAAAAGAUAGGCACAUUGAUGCGGCAUUCUUUCAAGAAACAAAAAAGGUAGUAGUGUCGGACUUUGUGGCUAGGAGGCUAUGGGGUAAUAGAAAUAUGGAGUUCUUGUCUGUGGACCUUGAAGGCUCAGCAGGUGGGCUCCUGUGCAUCUGGGAUCCAGGUGUUUUCCAAUUAUCUGGUAGCUGCUGCAACAGGAGGUUUAUUUUACUCUCAGGUACAUUGUACAACUCUUUUCAUUGUGUUCUGCUUAAUAUUUACGCUCUUAAUGAGGUUAGCAACAGUUCCUCGUUUUGGAAUGCUCUUCUCAACCUCAAGGUUUCUUUUCCUUUCCCGUGGUGCUUGGGAGGGGAUUUCAAUGAGAUAAGGCAUAUGGCAGAUAGAGUUGGUUGUUCCUGGAGAGACAAGGGUAUGAAACAACUUAAUGAGUUUAUAGAUGCUUGUGAACUGAAUGACCUUCCUCUCUAUGGUAGAAAAUAUACUUGGUGUAAUGCUCAGGAGGCACAGAAAUGGAGUAGAAUUGAUAGGAAGAAUUCUAAUUUUGUGGGUUGGGUUAGUUACAUAAUCCAUCAAAAACUUAAGCACCUAAAGCUGGAACUGAAGAUAUGGAAUUCAGAUGUGUUUGGCAAUGUCUCAUCUAAGCUCAAGGCUGCAGAAGAUGAAUUGCAUGCACUAGAUAUCACUGCGGAGGCCAGAGAGCUACUUGUCGUAGAAAAAGGUUGGAAAAGGGAGGUUAAAGGUGAAGUGUGGAAACUCUAUAGAAUGGUGGAAUGGUUAUGGCAUCAGAAAUCCAGAUUGAAUUGGUCAUUGUAG